AUGUCUGCCGAGAACUCCGAAAUCCCCCAGUUCAAGCUCGUUCUCGUCGGUGACGGUGGUACGGGCAAGACCACGUUCGUCAAGCGUCACUUGACCGGAGAGUUUGAGAAGAAGUACAUUGCCACCCUCGGUGUCGAAGUCCACCCUCUGCAAUUCCACACCAACUUUGGUACGAUCUGCUUCAACGUUUGGGACACUGCGGGACAAGAGAAGUUCGGUGGUCUCCGCGACGGUUACUACAUCCAGGGUCAAUGCGGUAUUAUCAUGUUCGACGUCACUUCUCGAAUCACUUACAAGAACGUUCCCAACUGGCACCGCGACUUGGAACGCGUCUGUGAGAACAUCCCCAUCGUUCUCUGCGGUAACAAGGUGGAUGUUAAGGAACGCAAGGUCAAGACGGGUGCGGUUACGUUCCACCGUAAGAAGAACUUGCAGUACUUUGAAAUCUCGGCCAAGUCGAACUACAACUUCGAAAAGCCUUUCCUCUGGUUGGCACGUAAGCUGGUCGGUAACCCCACGCUGGAGUUCGCCGCUGCUCCGGCUCUUGCUCCUCCUGAGGUUCAGGUGGACGAGCAGCUCAUGGCUCAGUACAACGCAGAACUCCAGGCUGCUGCUGCUGCUCCUUUGCCUGAUGAGGACGAUGGUGACCUCUAA